AUGGAGGCCUUUGACAAGCUCAAAGUUGCAUUGACUCAAGCUCCCAUUGUAAGAGGGUCGGAUUGGAGUUGGCUGUUCGAGAUAAUGUGUGAUGCAUCAAACUAUGCGGUGGAAGCCGCGCUAGCACAGCGCGAAGGUAAAAUUCCUUAUGUCAUUGACUAUGCCUCUAAAACUCUAGAUGGAUCCCAAUCCAAUUACACUACCACUGAGAAGGAAUUGUUGGCUAUUGUCUUUGCUUUGGAUAAAUUUCAAGCUUAUCUACUUGGUUCCAUGGUGGUAGUGUUUGGUAAUAUCUCCAAGAAGGAUGAGAUACCCCAACAAACUAUGUUGUUUUGUGAUAUUUUUUAUGUGUGGGGUAUUGACUUCAUGGGGCCUUUUCCAAAUUCUAAUGGUUUCCUUUAUAUUUUGCUAGUUGUUGAUUAUAUGUCCAAAUGGGUGAAAGCGAUACCCACCCGAACGGAUGAUGCUAAUGUGGUUCUUUCUUUUGUUCGGAAUAACAUAAUUUGUUGCUUUGGAUCACCACGAGCAAUCAUGAGUGAUCAAGGCUCACACUUUUGCAACAAGAGAAUGACAGGGCUAAUGAAGAAGUAUGGCAUCAUUCACAAAGUGGCCACGCCCUACCAUCCCCAAACGAAUGGCCAAGCCGAGGUUUUCAACCGGGAGAUCAAGCGCAUAUUGGAGAAAACUACAAAACCUCAUAGGAAGGAUUGGAGUGCUAAGCUCACGGAUGCGCUAUGGGCCUACCGAACGGCUUACAAAACGCCAAUUGGCAUGAUCCCAUUUCGGUUGGUCUAUGGUAAAGCUUUCCAUCUACUGGUGGAGAUAGAGCACAAGGCGUAUUCGGCCGUCAAGGAAUGCAACUCAAGUUUGGGGGGCGAAUUGAAAGAAAGCUACAGUUAG